GAUCAGUUUUGCUCGUCAUCAGCGCAAAGAAUACGUGAAUUGAAUUAUUUUUGGUGUCAAAUAAGUUUAUGAAAAGCUUUUAAAAUAGAUUUUUUCAUACUUCAUUACAUAUAGGAUACUAAAAAUGAUAUUAAAAGUUAAAUUAAAAUGAAAUAUGUGUUUAUUUCAUAUGCGAAUAAUGAAACUAUCAUGGAGUUACGAAUGUCUGAUAAUUAAAAUGUGAUUAUGUGUGUAUACUUUUGUAUGAAUCGAUAAAGUGUAAUACAAUUGCUUAUAAAAAUGUGUAAUUGUUAACCUUUUUGAGGAUUUGCCGAACCAUCAAUGUGAAGACUACUUAGGUUGGAGUUUAAUUGGAGGAAUACUACAAAAUGGUUUCGAAAAUAUCCUUGAUGGUAUUUAUAUUAACAUCAUAUACGAGUGCUUGCUUAUGUGUAGAAGUUCAUUUCGAGUCUGCCGAAAGUGGUUUUUUCUUAAAACAUACACGUCAGCCGCCAAUUGCACCGGAAAUAUCAAUUAAAUCCUCAAACGUAACUCCAAGUAAAGCACAAACAUAUGAUUCAGUCUUGUCAGUUGAUCGUUUCACGGUAGUUCAAACAACCCAACCCGUGUCCAUCAGAGCAAGUUAUGGGCCAUUUUCAACAAAGCAAACUGUUCCAGCUCGAUAUAUUGUUCCUGAUGUGCUGGAGAAUCAAAACAGUAAUUUGAAUAACACCACAGCGGCACUUAUUGAAUUGCAGCAAACUAAUAUGCAUUUGGAUAUAUCAGCCCACUUAAUAAAACCCGCAGUUUCGCGUGACUCACCAGUAGUGCGGGUUCUUUUCCAUGCUGGUACAGAUCCAGGUGGUCACCUCCAAAGGCAAAAGAUAUGCGUAUUGCUGCACAUUUCGUUGAGCAAUCAAAUUCCGUUAAAAGGUCGUUGCAUGCCUGAAGGUGAAGACAAUGUUUGUGUAGCAGAGGUAAUCAUUCCUUCAAUAUGGUGGCCUGGAAAUCCAUUAGUCGUGGGGAGUAGCAGUACUUUACAGAAACUGCCGCACAGAGUGAUGCAAGCUUCAUAUAGCGUAUUUGAACCUUCGCCACGCAACUCUGAACAAUGUGAGCCUAAAGUCCAAAUCCAACCAUUGACAACAUUUGCUCAUAUUCCUCUUGUCGCUGCUUCGGUGCAAUUUAAAGAAAUUCGUAUUGAUGAACAACUGACGUUCCUUUUACCGCAAAAUACUUUGUAUCCAAUGUCAAAAAUUUAUGUGCCAGUAGUUUUUCAUCAAACACAAGAUUUUACAGUGUCCGCUUUUACUAUAAGAGCGCGAGUAAAAGCGGGUGUAAAAAUUUUGGGUGCUACAAUAUCUACCGACUUGUGGAGUAUAUCAAUUGAAAAGGAAAAUCCCAAGCACACUACUGCUCGAGUCACUGCUUAUAGAAAAGAAUCUGAAGUAUCUGCAGAAAUUGUCAAUGACAUGAGAAAUACAAGUAUCGAAACAAGUUCCGUUGAAGUAUUCUCUUGGCUACUUGAACUUGGUGACGCAGUAGUAGAUGUAUUGGAUGGUGGAAAAAUAGUUUGGUAUGUUUCUUAUGUGUAUAAAUCUGACAAAUCGAAAAACCAAAUUUCGGCUAGUAUAGUGGCUGAUGAAUCCAAGAAAAGGUUAACAACGAAAUUAGAAAUUAAUAAGGAUGAUAUACAAGCAGUCUUACCAAUGGCUAAGAACUGGGAAUUGAUCAAUACCGCGGUACUAACCGGACGUCAAGUAGCGCAAGCAAUGAAAGUUUUCAUCGUUUCACAAGCUGGCAAAGUAGCUGAUGUUACGCUACAGAGUUCCUGUUAUGCUGAAGACGAAAGUGUAAUUAAGGUAUCAUCUUCGUGCAGUUCGGUUUAUGUAGAUGGCUCUGAAAUCAGAGGUUCCUCUAAUGCCUCAGUUAUUGUAAAGUAUGGAUCCUAUGCUGGGUUAGCAAAGUUUACUGUAUGGAUGCCAGAAUUUCCAUUAGAGGUUUACGUGUCAGACUUUAGGUUAUCACAAAUAAAAGGAUGGAAAGUUAUCGACGACACCAGUAUUUUCUCAAACAAACAAAAUCAGCAUCGUAAAAAAAGAUCUACGGGAUGGAAUCAAUAUAAAAAUGAUGCUAGUGCAGAUAAAAUUAUAUGCAAAGCGCGAUAUCAACAAAGUCCAAUAGAGGUCUUUGCAAGAUUUUUAGCAAUUGACCAAAACUCUGGAAGAAUAAGUUACUUUAUUUCGCGUCGAACUGGCUUAAGAGUUACCGAUUUAGUUCAACCCCUUUUAAGGGUGUCCGAUCCCAAAAUAGCCACAUUAAAAGGACGAAUAUUGCAAGGAAAAUCGAUGGGACGUACAGAUAUUCAGGUUUUAUCACCCAUAACAGGACGGGUGAUAGGAACUAAAGAAAUUCGAGUAGGAAGUGACAAAGUCAGCAUAAGAAGGUUAAUUGUGCGAGUGAUUUCAGGACUGCAAUUAACUAUUUCACCAGACAGCACGAUUGACAACGGUUAUACAGCAGAAACUUCAGUGACAAAUAAGCUAACUGCGCAAUACCAAGAAGGAUUACUGGAUAUUGAUCUAGAGUUUUCAGAUGGAUCUAAAACUCCCUUAAGAGAUAUUUCUGUGGAAGACUACUUUUUGCUGGUGGAGAGUUUGGAUACCGAAGUCGUUGCAUUUGCACCAAUGUUGGCGUCACAUCAUCCAAGAGUUAUAGCGGUAGGCGAAGGAAGUGGCGACCUUUUACGGGUAACAUUACUUUUGUCGGAGGAUUGUCGUAUGCGACGAAGUGUUACAUCCUCAAAACAUAUCAAAUCGAAUUUUUCUCCUCUAAUAAGCUCACUAGCAGCCGUUGAAGUAGAUUUCAAUAACUUUGAUAAUAAUAACAAACUUGAAUCAAUUCAAAAUGAUGGAAUCGUAGGCAAAGAUAGAAAAAAUUUCCGCAUAAACGGCGAUCUAGCUGAUAUUAUCGUAGGCAUCCCAUUAAAAAAUUCGAUCUAUAAUGAGGACAAUCUUAUGGUACAAACAAGGCAACAUCAUGGAAGUACACAACCCUUAAAAAACUAUCGAAAAUAUUCCUUUCGUAAUGACAUGUCGUCUAUGGAAGUCGGAGUAUAUGUACUGCUCACUGCUUUUUGCUUUGCUAUCGUGGUAUUCGUAAUUUCUUGUGUUGUAUAUGCAUCGAAAUUUAGACCAAGAGUUCUUGACACAGGAAAUGGUCCUUUAGAACUGAGUAAGGCUAUUAUCUCUCCUAAUAUUUUGUCGAAGGAUUUACGAUUUCCUAAAGAAUCAACCACUAAUGUGCAUGACUGGGUUUGGCUGGGACGUUCAACAAUGGAUAGAUCAGCAGCGGCUAAUGACACAACCACCAAUAAUCGAGAUGCACGCAUAAAGAUUACAAAUAACCCCAUUAACUUUGUCGACAGUUCGGUCACUUCUUUCGAUAAUCAUCUAAACAUCUCCAGUCAUAGCCAAGAAGCAAUUCCAAGGCCAGAAAUAAAUAGUUCUAAUUGCUGCAUAAAAGCAAUCGAAUAUAAGCCUCCUGUACCUCCCCAUCGUAAUAUUGGAGUAAGGGCUCUCGUUGAACAGGAAUUACGAUUGCCGAUUAUGCGUUUACUUAAUUUGAAAAUAACUUUGUUUUUUGAAUAACUUUGCAAAAAAAAUGUAUAAAAAAAUAUCUUGAAGAAAUUAGUGGGUAUCUUUUCGCGACAAUCUUCUUGCUACUCUUGCCAUGAUUAUCGAUAAAACUGUUUAGAUCUUACUUGCUAUAACUAAUGUGUGCUCCUUAAAUUAAAGUUUUGAUUACAGAAUGACCUCAAAUAGUCGUAGCUGAAGUAAUCUUCCACUUCCUUAUGUUCAGCGAUAUUCAUUUAUAUACACCCUCUCAAGAAAGUAUCGGGAAUUCUUCAUUUAAAUCUCCCGCUUAUAUGAAAGAAAGGUAAUUUUUUUUUCCUAUGUUGGUACAACUGUCCUUAAUUAUGAUGCCAAAAAUUAGCGCGAUUUGUCAACCAGGGUAUAUACAGCAGCUGUUUAUGUCAGUCGACAUCAGUAGUGUUUGUCGAAUUUUACAAUGACCGAAAAUAUUGAUCAAAGUAUUUGUGUUAACCCUUUCAGCCCCAAAGGACUUUUUAAACGAUGUCAAACAUAUAUAGAAGUUGCUUAUAAGCCACUUUGGGGCUAAAAGGGUUAAUCAUGAUCAUGAAGUUAAUCUAUAAGAUGUGUAUUUUAAAGAAGUUUUUGUGUAUUUGACUUUUUAAACGAUGUCAAACAUAUAUAGAGCAGCUCACGACUUCCGGUCUUUGGCCAAGUAUCCUCUGAGUAGACUAAGAACAUCCGUUUGAAGGCGAGCUAAGGAAAGAAGGCGAAACAUCCCUUGCAUAGGGUUGUGCGUUGGGUUUGGGACCCGCCACGUAAAAAAACACCCUCAAUGGAAAACCAACAACAACCUCGGAUGAGGGACCCCCCUUUUGAUGACAACCACGGCAAACGAAUUAAGGACAAUGAUUUGAGGGCAUGCACCUGGAAUGUCCGAUCCUUUAAUUGGGAAGGUGCCGCUGCCCAGCUGGUUGAUGUCCUCGUGAAAAUAAAGGCUGACAUCACCGCCGUCCAAGAAAUGCGAUGGACGGGACAAGGGCAGUUACGAGUAGGUCCUUCUGGCAUUUACUACAAGGGCCAUAUUUGGUGUGGGAAUCGUGGUGGGAGAGAGACUCCGUCGCCGAUUACUAUCAUUCACUCCGGUGAAUGAACAUCUAGCCACAAUCCGCAUCAACGCGAGGUUCUUCAACAUAGCGCUGAUUUGCGCCCACGCCCCGACGGAAGAGAAGGACGAUGUGACCAAAGAUGCCUUCUAUGAGCGCUUGGAGCGCGCUAAACUCAGCCUCCACGAGGAAACAUCCCCAAAUGGGUCGAGGCUGAUCGACUUCGCCGGGUACGAAAUAUGGUUAUCUGUAGUACUAGAUUCCAGCAUAAGAAUAUUCAUCAAGCUACCUGGCUGUCUCCGGAUCAAAAAACUACCAACCAGAUCGAUCAUGUUGUGAUAGACGGAAGACACGUCUCCAGUGUUUUAGAUGUGCGUGCGCUCCGAGGUCCUAACAUCAACUCGGACCACUACCUUGUUGCAGCUAAGAUUCGCACCCGCCUCUGUGCAGCAAAAACCGCACGCCAACAAACACAAGGAAGGUUCGACGUCGAGAAGCUACAAUCACAACAGACAGCCGAACAAUUUUCUACUCGGCUUGCACUCCUGCUCUCUGAGUGCAUUCGUCAACAACUCGGUAUAAGGGAACUGUGGGACGGCAUUUCAAACUCCUUACGUACAGCUGCAACCGAAACCAUUGGUCGGAAGUGCAAAAGAACAGCUGGUACGACGAGGAGUGCCGUGUCCCAGCGGAGAGAAAACAGGCUGCCUAUCUCGCAACGUUACGAUCGACCACAACACGUGCGGGAUGGGAUAGAUACCGAGAGUUGAAGAGGGAAGCGAGACAGAAAAAGAAAGAGGCCGAAAUGCGUGAGUACGAAGAGCUUGAUAGGCUGGCUACCCCUGUCGGCCAGAAAAUUCUAGGAAAAAAAACAGAAGGUUUCAAGACCGGAGCAUACUCUUGUAGAACCCCCAAAGGUGAUCUAGUCACCGAUGCCCAGAGCAUACUUAAAUUAUGGAGGGAACACUUCUCCAUUCUGCUGAAUGGCAGUGAACGCACAACGCCAGGACAAGGCGAACCCGAUUCCCCAAUCGAUGACGAUGGAGCAGACGUUCCACUACCCGACCAUGAAGAAUAGCAAUUGCCCGUCUGAAGAACAACAGAGCGGCAGGGGCCGAGGGAUUGCCGGCCGAGCUAUUCCAACACGGCGGCCAAGAAUUGAUAAGGUGCAUGCAUCAGCUUCUUUGUAAAAUAUGGUCGGACGAAAGCAUGCCCAACGAUAGGAAUUUAAGUGUGCUAUGCCCAUUCCAUACGAAAGGAGACCCCACAAUCUGCGUCAACUACCGUGGGACUAGCCUCCUCAACAUCGCGUACAAGGUUCUAUCGAGCGUAUUGUGUGAAAGGUUAAAGCCCACCGUCAACAAACUAAUUGGACCUUAUCAGUGUGGCUUUAGACCUGGCAAAUGAACAAGCGAUCAGAUAUUCACCACGCGCCAAAUCUUGGAAAAGACCCGGGAAAGGAGAAUCGACACACACCACCUUUUCGUCGAUUUCAUAGCUGCUUUCGACAGCACGAAAAGUAGCUGCCUUUAUGCCGCGAUGUCUGAAUUUGGUAUCCCCGCAAAACUAAUACGGCUGUGUAAACUGCCGUUGAGCAACACGAAAAGCUCCAUCAGGAUCGGGAAGGACCUCUCCGAGCCGUUCGAUACCCAACGAGGUUUCAGACAAGGCGACUCCCUAUCGUGCGACUUUUUCAAUCUGCUGCUGGAGAAAAUUAUUCGAGCUGCAGAACUGAAUCGAGCAGGUACAAUCUUUUAUAAGAGUGUACAGCUGCUGGCGUAUGCCGAUGAUAUUGAUAUCAUCGGUCUCAACACCCGCGCCGUUAGUUCUGCUUUCUCCAGACUGAACAAGGAAGCAACGCAAAUGGGUCUGGCAGUGAACGACGGCAAGACGAAAUAUCUCCUGUCAUCAAACAAACAGUCGUCGCACUGGCGACUUGGCUCCCACGUCACUGUUGACAACAACGUCUCGUGUUUUACGUGGGAUCCUACCUGCGAAGGUCUAAAUCCACGGUGCUCAGAAGCACAACGGAUCAAUAAACUGGGACAGGUUUCCAGUACCAAUCGGCGUGUGGCAUGGACACACUAACCACCUUGGUAGGGCUCGAGGUCCAUCUAAAACCUCUGCCGUACUUUGGGUCCGGCACCCGGUUGCAAUGCAACUCCACAUUUGAACUGACAAAGUCAGAUCUUCCCGCGAUUUGGGUUUUAACCACAGCCACCACGAAUCUCCACAAAGGGCCAAACCCAAUGAGCAGAUUGGAGUUUUACCUCCAAGGGCAUUACUGCUCCCCGUGGUACCAGGUUUAAGUCUCUGGUAAGACCUCAACCGAAGUUACUGCCAGUUGAGUCUCCACACAACUCUGGACUGGCGGCCAGGAUCUUAGUCGCCUCUUACGACAGGCAUUCCUUACCGCGGGUAUAUUCGGUUCCCCCCCUGCACCAAGGGGGUCCCCCCUACCCGCAGGGGGAGUCACUGUUGACAGUCAUAACUUUGAAGUUGUAGAUAAUUUCGUCUAUUUAGGAACCAGCAUUAACACCACCAACAAUGUCAGCCUGGAAAUGCAACGCAGGAUUACUCUUGCCAACAGGUGCUACUUCGGACUGAGUAGGCAAUUGAAAAGUAAAGUCCUCUCUCGACGAACAAAAGCUAAGCUCUAUAAGUCGCUCAUAAUUCCCGUCCUGCUAUAUGGUGCAGAGGCUUGGACGAUGUCAACAAAGGAUGAGUCGACGUUGCGAGUUUUGAGAGAAAAGUUCUGCGAAAGAUUUAUGGUCCUUUGCGCGUUGGCCACGGCGAAUAUCGCAUUCGAUGGAACGAUGAGCUGUACGAGAUAUACGACGACAUUGACAUAGUUCAGCGAAUUAAAAGACAGCGGGUACGCUGGCUAGGUCAUGUUGUCCGGAUGGACGAAAACACUCCAUCUCUAAAAGUAUUCGACGCAGUAGCAGUAUCCGCCGGGGAAAGCAGAGGAAGAGGAAGACCUCCACUCCGUUGGUAGGACCAAGUGGAGAAGGACCUGGCUUCGCUUGGAAUAUCCAAUUGGCGCCACGUAGGGAAAAGAAGAAACGACUGGCGCGCGGUUGUUAACUCGGCUAUAAUCGCGUAAGCGGUGUCUACGCUAAUUAAGAAGAAGAAGAAGAUACAUUGAAAAUGUUGCGGAAGGCUUUUGGUGAAUCUGCUCUAUCAAAAACGCAAACUUACGAGUGGUACAGAGCAUUCAAGGAGGAUCGAGAAACCGCGUUCUGGACGGUCUUCAACGAGUGUGACCGAUGAUGUCGUUGAAAAAGUGAAGGAAAUUGUUGCCAAAAAUAGCCAUGUGAGCUUCAGAGAGAUUGACCAUAAAUUGGAGAUGUCACACGAGAGCGUACGUACGAUUAUGCAUGAAAAAUUGGGCAUGCAACGCGUUCCUGUAAGACUUGUUCCGAUAGAGCUGUAUUUCCUUCAAAAAAGGCAUCGCGAGCAGGUAACUGCAGACAUGCUGGAUCGAGCUAAUUCGGAUCCCACCUUCAUGGAACGCAUAAUUACAGGUGACGAGACAUGGCUCUAUGAAUAUGACACACUUGCGAACUAGGAAUUAUCCGAAUGGCGGCCCAAAGGCGCACCAAAGCCGAUCGAAAGUGAAUUGAUCAUUGUUUUCUUUGAUAUUCGCGGUCCACUAUGAGUAUGUUCCAACUGGUUAAACCGUCAACAAAGAGUAUUAUCCUGGUGUUAUGAGGCGCUUACGAUACGCUAUUUGUCGGAAACGUCAGAGUUUGUGGGCCAACCAUCCGUAGAUGCUUCAUCAUGAUAACGCACCAUCGCACAAAGCCGUCAUUGUGAAUGAAUUUUUGGCCAAACACUCAACGAAUAUCAUUAAGAAAGCACUGUAUUCACCUGAUAUGGUCCCCUGUGGCUUUUUCUUAUUCUUCAAUUCGACUCAAUUGAAGACAUUAAAACAAAUUCGACGCGAAUGCUGAAGGCCAUCCCGAAAAGUGCCUAUAAAAAUUGUUUUGACUAUUGGAAGAGUAGGCACAUGUGUGUCAAAUGAAUGUUACUUUUAAGGCGAUAAAAUAAAUUUGAAUCAUGAUUGAAAAAUUUUCGUUUUACUUAUAAAUUCCCGUUACUUUCUUGACAGGGUGUAUUAUAAAUAUGCUUGUAGUUUACAACAAGCAAUAAUUUCUAAUAUCUGAAAAAAAUCAGUGGAUUUUAUUUCAAUGAAAGAUAUUUUAAAUGCACAUAACGGUCGAUUC